GGGGGGUUAUUCUGCUUGACAACUUCAUAUUGUUUAUGAAUUCUCUCUAGAAAAUUAUUCCCUGUUAUGGAGUUGUUUUUUAAAAAUAACACAUACUUUUUGGGGUCAGACUCCUGAAGUUUGAGAGCUAAGCACUUGUUUUGUAACAGCUGUUCGCUGGGUUUCUGCUUUGUCCAGCCGGUAAGUACUUCUUCCGUAUUCUUUCUUGGCCCAUCAUUUACUGGAGACUGAGAGAAGCAGGUGUCAGAGAUGUAGAUCUGCAGCUAGCAUCUUCUUACUGGUAUUUCCAAAAGAUGAAGCUAUGCUAAUUCCUUUUACUCUCAAUAGCUUUUUUUGUCUGUCUUUUAAAAGUGUAAUUCUUAGCAGUAUUUUCUUUGGACUGUUGACUGUAAAUACCAAAGCAAAAGUCUACCUGAGUGCGCAAAAAUGAGCUGUUUCAGUAGAAAUAGGCUUGGGGAAGACAUUCAACAAAGUUAGUCUUUGUUAAAGUGGUGUAGUGUAAUCUGAGCCAAAACUCUUGCUUUUGUAAAUAUGUGGGGGUUUUGUCUUACCAAGGGAAAAAAAAAGAUGCUCAAGCCCUGUAAAAUCCUGAGGGAGGAGGUGUAGGAGGUAAUCGCAUUCAUAAAAUCUGACAUACUAGCUUUUUGUCAGCUUUCAUUCACCCUUUUCUAAGCAGGGGAAUGCAACUAAAUGUCUUAGUUUUUCUUCAGUAUUACUCAUGCUUUUCAGUAUCGUAUUACUUUGAUAGUGAGAAUUACCUAAUGAGGUUCUGCUAUAGGACUGAUCUCUGAGCGGAAGCAGAGAUUUUUAUUAACAGAGCUAGACUAUCAAAUACUGACUGUUUAUUAGUUAUUGGUUAAAGGAAGGAGCUAUGAUAGUUUUGAGUUAAGCCACAAGGGACUGAUCAGAUGCAAACUUUGUAAGCAGAAGCAGGAAACAUGGAAAGUGAUUUUUUUUUUUUUUUUUUAAAUUCUUAACUCCUGAGCAAUAAUUGGGGUCCUUUUUAACACUGGAUGAGAGGGAUGGGUGUGGAAAUGCACUUAAACCACUAAUAUACAUUUGUCUUUAUUCCAGUAAAUGAGGAAUUGCGAACACAAGACCUACUUCCCUACAUCAUGUAGACUUCUGCUUUCCAGAACUGUAGCCUGUCACAGAUACCAGUAGUAAGGACAGAUGAGUAACUCUUAAGGAUAGAGGAUAUGUAUGCAUGGCCAAAGAUAAGCCUGAGGAGAGUGGUGCAAAACCUAAGCAUGUGCUUAGUAACAGAGGAACCCAAACUGAAAACAAGAAGCCUCUGGAAGAGACAAAAAGUGGGAAAAAGCUGGAUGAAAACAAGGGAGCGUGUGAGAAGGUGAACGCUUCUAGUGCGGUAGCCCACAAAGCUGACUCCAAACCCCAAGUUAAAGAGAGGACAGCGCAGCAGCAACUAGUAGAAGGUGCUGGCAAAACACACAGCUCUAAGAGCUGUCAACAGCAAAAGGACGUUGGUGUCAAAGCUUUGAAUCAACACAAUGGUCUUCCCUUCGUAAAUCAAGAUCAUGUAGGCAACCAAAAUGUUCCUGCUAAAGCAUACGAUAUGGACAGAGCCCCACGCCUAGAUAAGUGCCACAGACAGCUUGUUCAUCAGAAACUCAGAAAGAAUGAAAACAAACCUCCAUCGUCAAGUGCGGCAUCCCGGGAAGCUGUGCCUUCCACAUCCCAGGCUAUAUCUGACACAGGGUGUGAAGUGAAACAUACCAGGAUAUCCAUCAAUGUACAUAUGACUGAAAUGAAAGAAAAGGUGGAGAAGACCAAGGAAGGAAACUUAAAUGAUCACAGAGGUAAAAGUCCCAAAGUAAAAUCCCCAUCCUCCACACUAGCAGAAGUGGAAGGAGUCAAACAGCUACCUGACAAAUUAAAACUUCAACAGAGUCCUAAGAACAUCAGCACUGAGCCAAAUCAAGAAGUGAAAGGAGACAAUAAGCAAAAUGAACUUGCGCCUCAAACAGGGAAGCAACAGCCAUUACUGAGCAAGCUCAAACCAGGUAAAAAGGCUGAAGAGAAAUCAGAAUUAAAAUGCAAGCCCAUAACCUCACAGAAUACGUCUGUGAAGGAGCCUACAAAAGAUGUGGGGGUAGAAGUGAAAAUCCAUCAAGAAACAGCAAAAGCAGAAGAAUCCCCAACACAUAGCAACUCUGAGAGGAGAGAAUCUGAGUCUGCAUCUUCAGGGGGAAGUGAAAGUGAUGCUCAUCAGUGUACAGGAAUGGCACCAGAGAAGCCUAUGUCAUUGGAAGCUAGCAAAGAGCUUCCCACACAGGAUGAAAUGAUCAUCGAUGACAGCCCUUCUCCUCCGGCUCCUUUCGAACAUCGCAUAGUGAGUGUCAAGCAAACAGAGGUGACAAUGUGCUACUCGGUGUGUCGUCACGAAGUACUGGGGGGGGGGCGUUUUGGGCAAGUUCACAAGUGCAUGGAAAUAUCAACUGGUCUCAGCCUGGCAGCCAAAAUCAUAAAAGUGAAAGGAGCAAAAGAGAGGGAGGAAGUACAAAAUGAGAUUAAUGUCAUGAACCAAUUAAAUCACGUGAAUCUGAUCCAGCUUUAUGAUGCUUUCGAAGCCAAAAAUAAUAUCACUUUGAUUAUGGAAUAUCUUGAUGGUGGUGAAUUAUUUGACCGGAUCACAGAUGAAAACUACAAUCUAACUGAGUUGGAUGCGAUCCUAUUUACCAAACAGAUUUGUGAAGGAGUCCACUACUUGCACCAGCAUUAUAUUCUCCAUUUAGAUCUGAAGCCUGAAAACAUACUAUGUGUAAAUCACACAGGAAACCAGAUUAAAAUUAUUGACUUUGGAUUAGCAAGGAGGUACAAACCUCGUGAGAAACUGAAGGUUAAUUUUGGAACUCCAGAGUUCUUGGCUCCUGAAGUGGUGAACUAUGACUUUGUUUCCUUCCCAACGGACAUGUGGAGUGUAGGCGUCAUCACGUAUAUGUUGCUUAGUGGCCUGUCCCCAUUCCUGGGAGAAACUGAUGCAGAGACAAUGAAUUAUGUAGUCAAUUGCAGCUGGGAUUUUGAUGCAGAAGCAUUUGAACAGCUAUCAGAGGAAGCUAAAGACUUCAUUUCCAGACUACUUGUGAAGGAGAAAAGCUGUCGGAUGAGUGCAACGCAGUGUCUGAAGCACGAGUGGUUAAACAAUCUACCUGCCAAAGCCAAGAAGUCCAAGCUUCGCCUGAAGUCCCAGUUGUUGCUCCAGGGUUACAUGGCUCACAGAAAAUGGAAGAAACAUUUUUAUGUGGUGGCUGCUGCUAACAGGCUGAAGAGAUUUCAGAGUAUGUCUGUCAAGCUUGCCUAAGAUUAUAUGAAGCAUCUGCCACUGUUGGAGAUGGACAUGAAGCCAUGGAAGGACUCAGUAUCUUCAAUAAUUUCUACCCCUUUGUUUUAUAACAUAAGGUUUUGGGUUUGUCCUCCUCAAAUAUGUGUGGUAGUGCUAAGGUUCCAGAAGCACCUCAAGGAAGAGGCACUGAAAUAAUUUCUCAAAGCAGAAGCUACCUUGUUUGUAUUUACAAGUUUUUAGUUGUUGUACAUAGUGAUGGAAAAACAUGGCUGUUACUGGGGCUGACUUCUUGCUGAAGGCUUUCUGUGGAGUAUUGUUGGUGUGUUUACACAAGAAAACACCUUGUCAGUUUUCUGGUUUCUCACAUCAAGCAUGGGAUCUCUAAAGACUUUCUUCAGGACUGAUGUAUGUCAUCAAUUUCAGAGCAUUGCCACAACAGUGGCACAAUUUUUCCCUCAGAUGUUUGUUACAUAGAACAAAAGAUACGGGAUAUCCUUUUCUUCUGUAAUUUUUUCAAAAAUUAAUUUCUUCCUCCAAACAUGAUCAUGAUGAUUCACUGCAGCUACUCAGAGCUGAAUAGUUUUGGGUGUUGUUUUUUUUUUUUAAUUCUGCUCUCUCCUUUAAAAAAUAGUCACUGCAUAGUUAGGAAGUAUGAGGAAUCCUGGUUUGAAGCAACUUAAGUCAGUCGGUCCACUGCUGCUUUUUCUCAUGGUGAAUUGAUUGAACUGUUGGAAGGGAGAUAGGUGAAACUGCCACAAAUAAAAAUCACCUAAUGACCAUUAGGUCUAUGCAAAAAGAUCUCAUGUUGUCCAGAAAAGAUUUCCAGACAUCAUUUUGUAUGUAUUUAAAACUUGUAAGUGCUUCUCAUUGGCUAUGACUGCAGCCCUUAAUUUUCUAAGUUUUAGUUUGAAGAUUUUUUUUCUCCUUUUGGACAAUUUUAGUGAAGUCUGAGAAACUAAUAUGGUGUGAUAUGCAAAACAGGUUUUAUUGCUGUUCAGUGGCAGGGAAAUGGUGUGUUGCCAGACUCUGCCUUUAGCCCAGUUAGGAGGCUGAAGCCCGUUUUUUUCCCCCAGUUUGCUCUUGAACAUUAAACGUUUUCUUAACAAUACUAACUUCUUUGGAUUUUAAACUUUUUCCUGAUGUAUAAAGAGUUGGAGCCACUUACAACCUCUCAGCUAAAAGUAUAACAUUAUUUAUUAAACCUGUGGUUUCCUUUAUGCCUGUUCUAGAUUCUGCAAAACACAGUGUGGGCUGGAUGGGCUCCUAGGAAAACCAGAAACUAAUAGUACUAAAACUAGCUUUCCAGCAAAGGCAUCAAAUCACUGUAAAGCUCCCUUUACCUUUAUGGACUUUCACAUCCCUUGAAUUUGCAAAAGUGUUCGUUGCUAAUAAGGAGGCUUGUAAGACUGGCUUACCCUAGUCUAGUUAUCUUUUCCACUCCAGUGCUUCUCACUUUGCAUAGUCCUGAAUUCUGGGCUUCUGCAGCAUUUCCAGAAUUGAGACAGAGCAAAAUUAUUAAAAUCAAGUAAAAUAAUCUUGACAAUGUAUCACCUUCUGUGAAGGCCCACUUUAGUUCAUGUUUUCCUUCCACAGUAGUUCUGCAUGCUAAAUGUGAUUAUAUUAAUUGGUCUGUAUAUUUCUGAAUUAAUACUAAGAAAUUCCAUUAAAGUGGAACAA